AUGGCUCAGAAGACCUUGCAGAUUUCCGAGUGGUCGGAAGUGGAGAUUGGCAAGCAAGUGCAGACCGUCGUAGAUGGUAAGGCAUACCUUGGCACAGUGAGGUUCAGUGGAAAAACGCAGUUUGCAAAAGGACAUUGGAUUGGCCUUGAGCUGGAUGAACCUGUGGGGAAGAAUGAUGGCUCUCUGCACCAGGAGCACAGGUAUUUCACCUGCGCGGCCAAGCACGGGGUGUUUCUUCACCCAAAGGACAUUUUCUCGGAGUCGGACCCUGGGUCUUCAGUGCUCGAAGUCAGGCACAUCAUCAAGGAGCUCCUGACGAAAGCUGAUGGCGUGAGUGACAAGCAAGCGGCAACCAUCGCAAAAGUUCAUGAGCUCAUGUCACAAGUCGAGCAUCUGGACGACACAGUGGAGCACGUCGCGAUUAGGCGGAAGCAACUGGCUGAGGUGGAGCAGUCCGGUGAUAUGUACAAUGGCGAGGUUGAUUCGAAGGUGGCCACCUUAGCAAGACGAGUCAAAGACCCCAAUGCCACACUGGAAUUCUCUGCUCUGCCGAAGAGAGAACCGCAACUGGUGGACCCCGAGGCUGGCCCCUCCACAACUGGAUGCCCAGCGGCACGCGCGGCACGCAGCCGAUUCUGCUUCGACGAAAGCAGCAGACCGUUUGGGCCAGAUGCCACAGACGAUGGGGACGUCAGCCCAUAUGCACGCUCGCCCAGCCGGCCCAGCCCAUAUGGCCGUUUAUCAGACCCAUUCGUACCGGACCUGUCUUCCAACUCAAGAGCUGCAAGCGAGACACUUCUGCCAGAUUCUACUGCGCCAGAUGGCUUGCUCGAUCCGCUCGAGCCGGUCCGGGGCCGUCUUUCAGACCCAGUUGUACUGGACCUGUCUUCUGACUCAAGAGCAAGCGACACACGGUACCUGCCGGACGAUGAAUUCGGAGUCCGUCUCAUCUUGCCACCCUAG